AUGAGUGAACUGAAUAAGAAUUACUCAGAAGGGAUGGAGUUUAUUCUGCUGGGAUUCCAAACAUCUCCAGAUGUACAGAUUGUCUUAUUUUCACUCUUCUUGCUUAUCUACAUGGUCAUUGUGGUGGGAAAUAUCAGCAUGUUAGUUGUCAUUAAAAUCAACUCCAGACUUCAUACCCCUAUGUAUUUCUUUCUCAGAAAUCUGCCUAAUUUAGAUCUUUGCUACUUCUCCGUCAUUGCUCCCCGAACUCUGGCCACUUUCUUAUCCAAAGACAAGAGAAUUUCUUACAAUGGCUGUGCAACCCAGUUCUUUUUCUUUCCUCUCUUUGUUGGGACUGAAGGCUUUCUUCUAGCUGUGAUGGCAUAUGAUCGCUCAGCCAUUUGCUCGCCCUUCCUCUAUGCUGUCUGUACGUCCCAGCAGGCCCGUAUUCGUUUGGUGAUUGCCUCCUACGUCUGUGGCUUCACCAACUUCAUGAUCCAAACAGGUUUCACCUUCAGUUUGCGUUUCUGUGGAGAAAACAGAUUGGACCACUUUUUCUGUGAUGUCCCAGCCCUGAUCACGAUCUCCUGUGUGGACACCACGGUGAAUGAGAUUGUACUCUUUAUUCUGUCUGCCCUCAUCAUCAUCACUACCACAACUGUCAUUCUGGCUUCUUACGCAUGUAUCCUCUCCACUGUUCUAAAGAUCCCCUCAGCUCACGGCAGGAGUAAGACCUUCUCCACUUGUAGCUCUCAUAUCACUGUGGUGGGUUUGUUCUAUGGAACUGUAUUCUUCAUGUAUGCCCAGCCUGGAGCCAUCUCUUCACCAGAGAUGAACAAGAUUAUAGCUGUAUUCUGCGCUGUUAUCAUCCCUAUGUUGAAUCCUCUGAUUUACAGUCUAAGGAAUAGAGAGGUAAAAAAUGCUGUGAAAAGGAUAUUGUUGAGAAAAAAAUCUUUUCAUUGA